AAGCGCAUCAAACUGCGCUAUGGCAUCUUGCACAAGGCGGCUUAGGAUGAGCUGCCAGAAGGUCAGCCUUUUGUCCCUUGUCGUGGCUUUCCUGACGUUUUUCGGCAAGGAAGGCACGGCAUUUGUUCAGCCUCUGCGACCUGGCGAUGCCGCAGGAGGCAGCGGCAGGACCUUAGGCGCGUGGAGGAGGAGGCGGCCGACGACAGAUGUCCAUCUGCCGGCUGCAAGGCAGGAGGUAAACCACACACGUGCCCCUCUGUGAGAUGCGCUGUGUUGUGUGUGUGUGUGUGUGUGUGUGUGGUGUGUGUGUCGUGGGUGCAGCUGCUGCCGAGUGUGCGUCCCGAGACGCUGCAGCUGCCAUCUGAGACGCUUUUGAGCUUCGAUGAGCCGCCCCCGCUGAGCACCACCCGCAGGAGGCGCCUGACCCACCCCGACUCCCUGCCGGCGGCCACCUUCCGUGUGACCGACAGGAAGACCAAUGCGACGGUGUACGUAGUGGGCGUCAUGCACGGCGCCCCGCUGUCCAAGAGGGACGUGGAGGACGUGUGGAACCGGGUGCAGCCUGACUCCCUCGUCAUCGAGCUGUGCGAGGAGCGAUUCGAGGUCAUCAGCACAGCCGACACAUCACAUACACACGCUCAUUGCAUCGCGUUGAUGGGAUGGUGACUUCUGUUGUGUGUGCGUGCGUGCGUGUGUGUGUGUGGAUGGCUUUGUGCAGAGUAUGUAUGCGGAUAUGAUGGCUGCCGAGGAGGGUGAGAGGCAGGGGGCGAGGUGGGCGGUGAAACGCAGCGGCAGGGUGGCCGUCACGGCCUUCCAGCGGCUCAAUGUCUUCAGCGCCUUCUUCGCCGUCGUCCUCAACGUCAUCUAUCUCGUAAGCACACACACACACACACAUGCUGUCAGAGAAAAUGGGAGGAGGCAGCUGACUUGGUUGGUUGUUGCUGCUGUGGUCGUGUGGUGUGGCUGUGUGCGCAGUUCCAGCGUCUGAUGAAGUUCGACCCCGGUGUGGAGUUUAAGAGUGCCAUCGGCCUGGCCAAACGAGACGACGUCCUCAUCUACCUCGGUACGCAACAGACAGACAUUGACGCACUUGUAGUGCGUGUGGUGGGUGCAUCCCCUGCUGAUUGUUUGUGUGCAGGUGAUCAGGACGUGCGGUCGACGAUCAACAUCACGCAGCCGCUGAGGGUGGAGACCUUCUUCAGGGCACUGAGGAACUCGCUCGAGGACGUACCCAUGUUUGGGAGGUCAGAGGGGGAGGGGGGAGAAUGAACGAAGCGCCCUUGCGUGGCAGAUGCAUGUGGACAUGUGCUCUUUGCGUGUGUGGGGUGGAUGGAUGGAUGGAUGCAUGGAUGGAUGGAUGGACGUGUGGCAGGUCUAUCGUGGGUUACCCGAACCAGCGGAACGGGCAGUACUUCAACCUCCUCUCCUGGCCUCUCUUUGACCUCAGGGUCUUCAGAGACCUCGGAGGUGAGUGGCUGCGUGACGGACGGAGUGAGGAGCAAACUGGCAUCCAUCCAUCCAUUCUAUAUGGUUUAGUGUGUGUGGUGUGUGUCAGGUCUGCUGUUUCCCGUGCUGAUGGUGUUUGAGGCCUUUGUGCUGCUGGUCCACUCGGGCAUCGGCAACACUGUGCCUGGCGACAUGUGGCGGGCAUUCUCAUACAUCAUCGAAUCAGCGUACGAACCACACACACACACACCUAGAGACAGAGAGAGAGAGAGAGAGAGCUCAGGCGCGUGUGUGUGUGCAGGUCGUUUGGCUCAUCGUUCGGCUUCAGUUUGGGCGACAGCGCGGCCAUGCUUGGCUCGAUGGCGAAGUCCAGCAGCUGGUUGAUAGAGGACAUCACGAGCGCCUUUGACAUUUUUCUCAUCCCCAUCAUCUUUUCCGGCUUCAUCCGCAAGAUCGUCAUCGACAGGGACGCCUACCUCGCCAGAUCUAUCAGGUGACCAACAUGAUAACACAGCUGGAGAGAGAGGACAUACCCAUAACGUCUUUCUUUGUCUCUGUGUGUGUGUGUAGGCAAGCGUGUGAAGACCAGCUUCAGAAGCGGCAGCAAGCAGCCUUCAACCCUGUGGACAGGCUGCUGUCGCCCUUUAAGCCAUCAGCCCCCGCCCGGCCUCCGCCCACAGUGGUGGCGGUGGUGGGGUGUCUGCACAUCAACGGCAUCAUCUCGCGCCUCAUCGAGGACGACAUGCACGUCGAUGUCGAAAAGCUCAGGGCUUUCGAGAAGAGAAAGAGGCUCCGGCUGCGGCUCGACGAUGCGAUCGACAGCGGCAGUAGCAGUGGCUUGCCGCGGACGCGCGUCAUCCAGCUGUCCAAAAGGAAGAAAAAAGCGAGGAGGGACCGGGCCGUGGCAGCAGGGACAAAGACGGGGAUGAGGGAAGCAGCAUGAGACAGAUGAGAGUGUUUCUUCUGUGUUGUGUUGAUGAGGUCGUUGGGUGGGUGAGGUGCGUAGUUGUGGGCAGCCCGGUAGGGAGUUGGGAGGGACAGUGGGAAGUGAGUGCUGUGUGUGGAUAAGUAGGUGUGCUGCCGUAGUAAGGAAGACAGAGAGGAACAGACAGAGACAGAGAGAGAGAGUGAGCGAGGGAGGGGCCCGCUGAUUUGUCCAUGUAUCUGUCAACACCCCCGGUGUGUGUCUCCCUCUUGUGUGGUGUGUUUCAAUCCCGAGGGCCUAUGUCUACCUGCAUAGCCCGUACCAUGAUCAUGAUGAUCGACGGAUGGAUGUAUCUGAGAAUUCGCAUUUCUUUCAUUGCCUGCCCAAUAUAUUACGAGUGAGUGAUGGGACUGACUGGGUGUCUGUCUGUCUGUCUUGUCUGUACAGUAAACUGACUGAUCAGAGCGAGCGACUGAGUGAGUGGGACGUUUAUACCAUUCCAUAGAGGCCUACCUAGACUUUGGCAGAUUUUGCAAACUAAUGCUUGUUCUUGCUGUGGGUGGACGUAAUGACUACGAAUGGGUGUGUGUGCUGUGCAGGAACCAGCUGAGACAACGGACGGACGGACGGAGGAACGCUUCAUCAUGACGCCAAACAGUUCACUCACCGUGCAACCAGCAAAUGUGUG